AUGGUUAAAAUAAAUAAAAAAGAAGUGAUUGAAGGUGAUGGAGUAAGGUUUUAUAAUAUAAAAGGGAAAAAAAAAGUUUUAGUUCCAGUAAAAGCUAGAAAAACAAUUGCUAAGAAAUAUUACGGAAGAAGAUUAGCCUCAAAAAAGAAAUUUAUUGUACAAAGAAAAUUAAGAAAAUCAAUUGAAAUAGGAAAAGUUGCAAUAAUACUGUCAGGAAAACAUAUGGGUAAAAGAUGCAUUAUCACAAAAAUUUUGCAAUCAGGAUUAUUAGUUAUUGUAGGACCUUAUGAAGUUAAUGGGGUUCCCUUAAAAAGAGUUGAUCCUAGAUAUUUAGUUGUUACUUCAACUAAUAUAUUUAAUUUUGAUAAUAUAAAAAAAUUAAAAGAAGAAUUUGUAAAAAAAGUUGAAGAUAUAGAUGAUAAUUCAUUUAUCAAAUCGUUAGAUAUAAAAAGAAAACAAAAAAAACUUCUUAAAAGUAAAAAUGAAUCCCUUUUUAUGAAUAAUGUUAUCGAAAAAAUAAAAGAAAUUAGAAAAAAUGAUCCAAAAACUCAAAAAUUAGAAAAAAUACAAAAAGAAGUUGGAAAAUUAUUGAAACCAGAGAUAUUAAAAGAUAAAGUUUUCUACUCAUAUUUAAAAUCAAAAUUCACUCUAAGAAAUGACAUGCGUUUACAUAAAAUGAAAUUUUAG